CCGGGCGACGAGGCUCCACCCCGGCGCGCGUGAUGUCAGGCGGCCCUGCCCAGCGCAGCCAGAGCGCAGCCGGGCGUCCUCGGCAGCAGUAGAAGCGACGGCUCUGGCUCUGGCUCCCGAUCCGAAUCGGAGCUGCGCUCCCGGGAGGUUGGGCACCCGUCGGCGGCGUGGCCUGGGCAGCGAGUCCUGGAUGCCCCACGCUGGGCGACCGGCCAGGGGCUCCCAUUGCCGGGGCGCCGCGGCCGAGGGGCAGGGGGCUACCCGCCGCCACCCACCGCCGCCAGCACAAUGAGACGGCGGAGGACCCCUGGCGACGUGCUGUGCACCCUCUUCUUCCUCCUCUGCUACUCGAGGCCCCAGGUCUCCGAAGCGGCAGGAACCUUCGAGCUGCAGAUCCGCUUUGCCCGCAACGAGAAAGGGGUGCUGGCUGACGCGCGGUGCUGCCGCGGGGGCCUGCAUCCUCCGUGCCCCGUGGCGCAGCAAUGCCGCACCUUCUUCCGGGUCUGCCUCAAGGAAUACCAGCUGCGGGCUCUCCCCGGGGGGCCCUGCGUGCUGGGUGCCGCCACCACACCCGUCCUAGGGGGCAACGUCUUCUCCACCGGUCACCAGAAGAACGACCACGCCGGCAGGGUGGUUAUCCCGUUUGAUUUUGCCUGGCCGCGCUCGUACUCUCUGGUUCUGGAGGCCUGGGAUGCCGCCAAUGCCUCUGAUGUCACCAGCCAAGGUGGAGGGCAGCUGAUGGAGCGGGUGACCCGUUCGGGAAUGCUGAACCCUGGCGAAGGCUGGCAGGACCUGUGGCAUCACGGGCGCAGCACCUCGCUGGAGUACCGGGUGCGGGUACGCUGCCAGGAGCAUUACUACGGCCCGGCCUGCAACUUCUUGUGCCGUCCCCGCGACGAUUUCUUCGGGCACCACAGCUGCGACUCUGCGGGCAACAAGGUCUGUCUGGACGGCUGGACGGGAGACGAAUGUACACGGGCCAUUUGCCGGCCGGGAUGUCACGAAACGCAUGGGAGCUGUGAGGAGCCUGGCGAAUGCAGGUGCCACUACGGGUGGACCGGCCACCUCUGCGAUGAGUGCAUUCUUUUCCCAGGCUGCGUCCAUGGCAGCUGCACCGAGCCUUGGAAGUGCGACUGCGAGACCAACUGGGGGGGCAUCCUCUGCAACAAAGAUCUGAACUACUGCGGGUCGCACCGCCCGUGCAAAAACGGAGGCACCUGUGCAAACAACGAGCCGAACGAGUACGAGUGCCUUUGUCCCGAUGGAUUCCACGGCCGGAACUGCGAGGAAGCUCUCCUUCCGUUACCCGUUGCCGAACUGACUUGCACUCCUGAGCUGUGUGCCAACGGCGGAACGUGCCUCAACACCUCAUCCGGUUUCCAGUGCACGUGCCCCCCAGGAUGGAGUGGGGAGUUGUGUCAGCACGAGGUGACCGACUGCCUCUCCCAGCCCUGCAGCCAUGGCGGGACUUGCAAGGACCUCCCCGACGGAUUCAAGUGCCUCUGCCCUCCUCAGUGGACAGAGACCUGCCAGAUCGAUGUGAACGAAUGCCAGAACCCUUGUCUCCACGUGCGCGGGUGCAAAAACCUAAUCGGGGGCUACUUCUGUGACUGUCUGGAUGGCUGGACUGGAACAAACUGCAAUAUCAGAGAAAACUCUUGCCGGAGACGAUGUCGCAAUGGAGGGACCUGCCAGGUGAAAGGCGGAAGGCACCUCUGCAGCUGCCGGGAGGGCUACACAGGCGCAGAGUGCGAGACGGAGCUGAGCGCCUGUGGUGGCGCCCCUGCCUGCACGGAGGGCAAUGCCAGGAGAUGGAAAACAAGACCUUCCUUUGCAGCUGCCCUCCCGGGCUUAGUGGCAGUCGCUGCGAGGUCUUUGUGGAUCCCUGCUUCUCGAACC